AUGGGCGAGCUGCCACAGCUUAUGGCCCUGGAGUUGCAACAGCGCUGCACGGAGCAACACCACGCCGAGCUCAGCUUCCAGUCCGUCUUCCAUAGCACCCACGUCCCGAGUAUCACUAUGUGGGACUACGUGCGCCGCAUCGCCAAGUACUCCGGGUGCACCCCCGAAUGCUUUAUCUUUUCGAUGAUUCUUAUCGAUCGAUACUGCGUCGCGACCGGGAUCCCGACAACUUUCCGUAACAUCCAUCGCCUCUCCAUCACGGCGGUCUUGAUCAGCGCGAAGCUGCGUGACGACGUCUACUACAGCAAUGCCUACUACGCGAGCAUCGGUGGGGUCAGUAAUAGGGAGCUCAAUCAUCUGGAGAUGGAGUUGUUGUCAACAAUUAAAUGGAGCACCUGGGUGGAGCCGACUCAUUAUGACGCAUUCCUGCAACACUUGAAACAGGUCUACGGCUCUUUUAUUUCUCCACAAAAGAGUCCAUAA